GCAAGCUGCCCAUUCGAUGGAACGUCCGGCCUCCGAAAGGCUUCUACCCCUUGGUUGCGCUCAGCCUGAAGACAGCAGGCAGUUCGCAGCCUCUCCUCCCGCCCUCGCUCCAUGUCUCGCAACUGAGCUUGCGCUGGCCGCCUUUCCCAGUCUUCUGGCCAGUUUGACACUGCUUCAGCUCGAUGUACACAGCUCCGGCUAGCCUGUGUGCACUACUAUUUCUUCUGCUGCCCGCUCUUGUGAUCGCUCUCCCUGUCAAGCCUUCGAACAACUGGGUUGUCUCGCACGCGAAGCCAGUUGCACGGAGGGGCCUGAGUGUGCCCCUCCAGAGACGGGAGGUCGACCGACGCAAUGCAGAGACAUUGCUUGCUGGGUCCAUCGGUGUCGGGGAUGUUGGCGACACGUUCUACACCGUCGCCAUCAAAAUAGGGAAUACGACGACCGCCGUCAACCUCGACACAGGAUCGAGCGAUCUAUGGAUCAUGUCUGACGGUUGCCAGACACCUGUCUGCAAGCGAUCGACGGCUACCCCGUUCCCGGCAGAGUCCAUGCAUUUGACGGGGGCAACUGUCAACUUGACGUACGGCGAUUCGCUUACAGGGACUCACGCUUCGGGACCCAUCGUAAUGGAUGAAGUGACACUUGCCGGCCUGGCUAUGCAAAUGCAACCACUCGCCGCUGUGAGCAAUACGGACAACACGGCCGUCUUGAACGGUGGUGCUGGGAUCAUCGGUCUCGGGUUCCCAAGUCAAAGCAACAUACAAAGUGCGGUCGUGAGUGAGAAGUUCGGGCGUUCUGUCACUGCAAACGAGUUCGUCUCGCACAUCAGCUCUCUGGGUCCCCUCGUAUCACGGAUGGCGGCAGCUAGUAUCAUUCAGCAGCCACUGUUCACGGUCACUCUCCAACGAGACACCAUAGACGUCAGCGGGAAUGGACAGCUUACUAUUGGUGAACUGCCUGACGGGGUGGAUAACUCCUCAUUGACUUGGGUGCCUGUUCGACUCUACUCUACCACUGAUGGCGGUCUUCAAGCUCCGACAUAUGCGGCAGGUGAGACGUACCCUCUCCGAUGGGAGGUUGCCAUUGGUAACGUCUACCUCGAUGGCAAGCCGCUAGCCAAUUCUACGAUCGAGCCAAAUGGCAUAGCAACGUCCUUCGUCGACGCCCUCAUCGACACAGGCAACUCCCUCAUCCGCGGACCCUCAGACAUCGUCAACAACAUCCUGAGCAGCGUUUCGCCCGCAUACGCCUCCAACGCGAAGUCCAAACCAACGCUCUCCUGCAACAGCUCCCACUCGCUCGCGUUCGAGAUCGGCGGGCAGCUCUUCUCCGUCGAUCCGCGCGACUUCCUCUCGCAGAACUCCGCCGGCAACGCGACCGACUGCGUCGUGAGCAGCGUCGCGCCCACGGACCCGCCCGGCUUCGGCUCGCUCUUCAGCUGGAGCCUCGGCGACCCAUUCCUAAAGUCAAACCUCGUGGCGUUCUACUAUGGGAACCUGACGCAUCCUUGGGAGGACCCGCCCCGCAUUGGAUUCUUGUCUAUGGUCCCGAGCAAUGCGAGCGCGCUGUUGGGUGAUGCGGUGACCGCAGCAAUGGAAAACGGCGGCAAAUUCGAAGGUGACCCGCGCUGAUUGGUUUGAAAGACUGUAGCUGACCAUUUGUUG